UGAGAGGCACGACUAGGCAACCAAUAGGUCCUAUGAAUGAUGUGGGACCUAGCCAGCCUCAGGUGACCCAGGCUACAGUGGGUCCCUCCCAACCUCUAGUGACCCAGGCUAUGGCAGGUCCCUCCCAACCUCAGCCUCAAAAUCUGCACCUGUCAACUUCUGGUGGUAUGUUAUGCAUCAGUUAUUUCAUGUGUUUUUAUGCUAAGGAAGUAUACAGGUAUGCAUAUAUUAUUGUUGUGGUUUUUUUUAACAGAUUCAAUGUCUAUAAAACAAAAGAGAGGCCACACACGAUGCCCUGGAGUUUGGAAGAUGCGUGAAGGGCAACGAAUUCCUAUUCCCAUCAGCACUCUAGGACAACCUGUUGGUGACAAUGUUAGCAAGCUAAUAAACUUCUUGGAAACCAUAGCACGCAAUGCGGAAUAUGCACCCCUUACAUUUACUGAUUGGAGGGCAGUGCCGAAUGAGAGGAAGGAUGAUAUGUGGGGGCUUUUCACGUCCAAGUUUGAGUUUGACACAGAUGCUAAGUCUUGGGUGUUGAGUUCAAUUGGUAAAAAAUGGAGGGAUUGGAAGAGCGAGCUGAAAAAACUCCACUACUUGCCCCAUGAGACUGAUGAGGAGCGGCUCGCAGACCUUGAUGAGCAGGUCCAAGAGGAUCAGUGGAAGACGUCCAUUCAGUUUUGGAACUCUGAAGAGGGAAUGUAUGUGAAGAGUAACUAUUGAUUGCUUCACAUUCUAAAAUUAUGCAACAAUCUUAUGUUGAUAUCUUAUAAUUUACUUUGUCGGUGUGUCACAUAUAGGCUCGUACUAA